AUGGCUACAGUUCAGCAGGUUGCUCUAGAUCUAACAGAGAGUAGAGGCCCUGAUAUCCUGGUCAUCUCUUGGAUAUUCACAAUCCUAACGGUCAUUGUUGUCAGCCUCAAACUCUUCACUCGUGCAAGCAUUCUUAAUGCUCUUGCCAUUGAUGACUUCUUUAUAUUCGUUUCGGCUGUGGGUACCUCCCCAUACAUCUCACUAGCCAACCACUAAUUUAUUCACAGGUAUCUAUCAUUAUUUGCACCAGUGUCUUUACGUACGAUGUAAAAUUAGGCAUGGGGAAGCAUGCCGCAGCGCUACCCAUCGCCCAAGUUAGCCAUGCUGUCAAAGUAAAUCUUAUAGCGAAUCCGUUUGGGAUCAUGGCGUAUUCUUUCCCCAACAUUUCAGUCGCCAUUCUUAUCAAUCGGAUUCUCGCACCCAACAAAAUCCGCUCCAUUCUGUUGUAUUUUUUGGUCAUAACGCAAGUUCUAUCAGCCGCGGUCUCGUGUGUUAUUCUGUUCGUCCAAUGUUUGCCUUCCGAGUUCAUCUGGAAUCCUGAUCCAGCAUUGAACCCAACUUGUCUAGCACCUGGAGUAGUUUCUGGUUAUUCCUACUUUGUCGGAUGUAAGUUAUAAUCGAUUGGUCAUUGAUAAGUGACAAGCUGAUGUACUCGUAGCGUAUGCCGCGGCAACGGAUAUUAUACUCGGGGUGGUUCCAAUGGUGGCUUUCUGGAAAUUGAAAUUGGACAUGCGAACGAAGACUGGAUUGUGUCUUAUGAUGGGAUGCACGUUAUUUGCUGCCAUCUGCGCCGCAAUCAAGACAUCUCACCUCGGCUCCCUUGAGCAGUUGAAUGACUUCACAUAUGCAACAGUGGACCUUGUGAUUUGGGCAAUGUAAGCAAUUUUCGACACUCCCAUCUCUCAAACUUGAAGGAGAACAUAAAGCUAACUUCAAUUCAGUGUCGAAGCGAACGUCAUCAUCAUCGCCGCCUGCAUCCCGACACUUCGUCCAUUCUUCCACAAAUUCUUCAAGCACUCAGAUGUAACCGAAGGGCGUUCAUUUUUCUGGAGUGGCUCAUUUUUCAAGAUCGGGAGCAAGAACAAGUACAGCUUCGGAUCAAACGGUUCGUGGGGGAGAAAGGAGAAGUCCAGCGUAUCCCAAAGCCACAGCGAGGGGCUCGACACGAAGGAUCUUCCCGACAUCGAACUCCAAAACGAGCCACGCCAGAAUGCCGAGUCGCAUCUUCAAAUACUUCGCACUACUCAGUUCUCGAUGGACUCAACUACAAGGGAAAACAUGGAUUAUGCGGCAAGUUUCAAGAACGAGAGAACUAGCAAAUCUAUGGUUUGA